GUGGCUGACAGACGUGUGAGGAGCUCGAGCACUGCUGCGCCUCAAGCUCCUCGUACCAGCUCGAGCUCUGCUUACUGUAGCAUAGGAAAGAGGACUGCUCUGCCUCAACACACAACACCAGCAGAUGGUGCGGGAGCAGUACGUCACCACCACCCAGGGCAGCAGCGCGCCCAGGCCGGUGCCCGACCAUGUCUACAAGAUCGGCAUCUAUGGCUGGAGGAAGCGCUGCCUCUACCUGUUUGUCUUGCUGCUCAUCAUCAUCUUGGUGGUCAACUUCGCUCUCACCAUCUGGAUCCUCAGGGUGAUGUGGUUCAACACGGAGGGGAUGGGACUCCUACAAGUACACUCAGAUGGGGUCAAGCUGGAGGAGGGCGAGUCGGAGUUUCUGUUUCCUGUCUUCGCUCAAGAGAUCCACUCCAGAGAAGAUUCUUCACUUCUUGUGCACUCAUCAGAAAACGUUUCCCUUAAUGCCCGCAAUGAAGAUGGUGAUGUCACAGGGAGCAUAUCAGUAGGUCCAAAAGAGGCUCAGGGACACGCUCGAAAUCUGCUCAUCAACUCCCACAAUGGCAACAUGCUGUUCACUGCAGAUGGCGACCAGGCUGAGAUUGGACCAGAAAAACUAAGAGUCACAGGUCCCGAGGGAGCACUGUUCCAGCAUUCAGUGGAGACGCCCUUGCUUCGGUCUGAACUUUUCAAAGACCUGAGGUUGGAGUCUCCGACCCGCUCUCUCAGUAUGGACGCACCGAAAGGAGUUCAUAUCAAAGCCCUAGCUGGCAACAUUGAAGUCGCUUCCAACAUGGAUGUUAUUCUGCUGUCUGGUGUUGGACUGCUGGUGCUGGAUGCUGAGACGGUGCGCAUGCCGAGCCUGCCCCUGAGCGAAGGAGGGGUUUCUGGAAAUGCUCAGAAUCUCUAUGAGGUCUGUGUAUGUCCCAGUGGCAAGCUUUUCCUGUCCAAGGCCGAGGUCAUCUCCACUUGCAGCGAGAAUCAGGAGUGCUAGAUAGACUCUGAUAAGGUAAUUGAUUUUCCAUCUCAUAGUAGAUGAGUCUUCUGGGAGGCAACAAGCACAACUGUUUAUAUCUGGCCUUAGUUUUUUUUUUUUUUUUUUAAAUAACAGUGGAUCUACGAUGAUACCACUGCUAGAUCAAGGCCUGUAAAAACAGAAAUGCCUGCUGGCGUACAUGUAGGAGAUGUCAUGAAAUGCAUCCUUUUAGUUGCAUUUAUGACCUUCUAACUAUUCAGCUGAAACAAAUUGGCACCGAGUACCAAAUUUAUCUGCAUCAGAGGUUUGGGGAGAACUAUUUACACACACAGUAUCAUGGCUGGGCAAUGAGGAGCUGGUAACGGCUUACAUCCUAUGCAAUAUUAUUUUGUGGUGCAAUAAAUGAAAUUGACACAUAUCAAGGGCUUGGAAUAAUAAAAGAAUAAAUGUCUCAAAUGGUGACAGAAUGUUAUUGAAAAUAAUUUUGUUUUACGUGUGUCCCUCUGGCUGCAAGCCCUUGGUAUGUUGUAUUUUGGUUUUGGUGUUUAGCAUGUUUUUAUUCAAUUGGAGAAAAAUUCGAGAAAUCCUGGUAUAUAUUUUGUCAUUGUCAUAGUCACUUCAGAGAUUCAGAGAUGGCAGAUUUAUCUCCUUUUUUUUCCAACUCAAAUUCAGAUACAACUCUGGGCAAAAGACUUGUUUCUUGUUUCGCUUCAAUUGCUUCCUAAGGUUGAAAUUAAAAUACCCAGCCCUUAUAGUACCAUAAAGUGUUAAAAGUGUGGUAUCAUAUCUGUAAUUAUGUGUUUUCUCCCCAGUUUAUAAGACUAUGUAUGUUUGGCCUGUGUUAUCUUUAAGCACUUCAUAAGCAUGUAAUUAUGCACGACACGACAGACAGCUUUUUCUUUCAAGCAAGCUGGUCUGUGUUUGUUCAAUAACCUCAUCUAUAGUCAGGGUCUAUGACUAA